CGAAUAUUUGAGAUCGCCUACGAUGAUAUAGACACUAGCAUAUAGUCACUUUCUUUCCUACAGUGUGUCAGAGCAAGCAAAAGAUUCUGCAUUAUUCAAUGUCGGAUUUGGCCACGAAUCCGAUAUCGGCGAGCUGUUCUGGCUAGAUGUUUUACAGUAUGGAGGCUCCAAUCACACCAAUCAGACUCAGGUGUUCCCCUAGCACCCCGAUGGGUUUGAUUUUUUCUUUUUCCACCAUAUAUAAAAAGAAUUCCGUCCACUAACGCACAGGUCUUUUUCACUCUCCUCUCUCUUUACAUUAUGGCAACCAAGAGAAACAUCAGCUCAGAGCAAGGAAAGAAGGCUCAACCAGCCAUCGAUGAAGCUGUGGCACACGGUUGGGAGAUCCCUGACUUCUCUAUCAAGGAAAUUCGUGAUGCUAUACCUGCACACUGCUUUGAAAGAGAUACAUUGAGGUCCUUCAGUCACGUCGCUUAUGAUCUUUCUAUCAUUGCUGCUCUGGGUUAUGCUGCCACGUUCAUUGACCAAAUCCCAUAUUCAUGGGUUAGAGUCCUUCUUUGGCCCGCUUACUGGAUUGCUCAAGGAAUUGUAGCUACAGGAGUAUGGGUCAUUGCCCACGAGUGUGGUCAUCAGGCAUUCAGCCCCUCCAAGUUUAUCAACAACAGUGUUGGUUGGGUGCUUCAUUCUGCUUUGCUUGUUCCCUAUCAUUCAUGGAGAAUUUCUCAUUCUCGUCACCACAAGGCUACGGGACACAUGUCUCGCGAUCAGGUGUUUGUUCCAAACACACGAUCCGACCUUGGCCUGCCUAAGCGCGACACCGAUCCCGAAAGCGAUGGUCCACAUCAUAUUUUUGAAGAAGCUCCCCUGUAUGUCUUCGUCAUGAUGGUCUUCAUGUUCACCUUCGGAUGGCCUUUGUAUCUAUUCGUCAAUGUGUCUGGACAAAAGUAUCCUGGUUGGGCUUCCCACUACAACCCUUGGUGCGCUAUUUACGAGAAUCACCAAGUUUGGGAUGUCAUUGUUUCUGAUAUUGGCGUUGUUUCUACUUUGGCCGCCAUUGCUUUCGCUGCACACACUCUCGGACCCAUUACCGUCCUUAAGUACUACUUCAUUCCUUACUUGUUCGUCAACUUCUGGCUCGUCUUGAUCACCUAUCUUCAACAUACCGACCCUGCUCUUCCCCAUUACCGUGAGGGUGUUUGGAACUUCCAACGUGGAGCUGCUUUGACCGUUGAUCGUGAUUUCGGGUUCCUCAUUAACCACUUGCAUCAUCACAUUUCGGACACCCACGUCGCUCAUCAUUUCUUCUCCACUAUGCCUCACUAUCACGCCCAAGAGGCCACUCGCCAUAUCAAGAAGGUCCUUGGCAAGCACUACCACUUUGAUAGCACACCUAUCCCUCUCGCCUUGUGGCGCUCCUGGAAGAACUGCCGAUUUGUUGAGGACGAAGGUGAUGUUGUCUUCUGGAAGAACUAGGGCUAUUGCCACCUAGUCUUUGACAUUUAGUGCCGCGUAUAGCCGGACAAAAGUGCAUUUGUAUAGAAUUUUUCUCAUUUACCCCCAUAAACUAGUGAUCCAAUUACACGGACAGCUGUGAUGCCAUUUACUCAGCCUGUUAUGAUAUGAAGAGGGUAGAUUUUAAGUGGACUAGACGGUUUGGGAACGUAUAGGAAUGAGGCAACAACCGGUAUGAAGCACGGGUAGAU